CAAUGUUGGUCUGCUGUUCUUGCACUGAAAAAAAAAAGAAAUCACUGUAAGUGGUUAUUUUUUAUUUGCUUCAAACCUUUUGUAUUCAUAUUUAUACUGUUAUACAUGCAUUUGAGCAUGAAAUAUGUUUUUGUGUCUUUUUUGUGCCUUUUUAGUUAUUUUGUGUCUUUUUUCGUCAUUUUGUGUCUUUUUUUGUUGUCAUUUUGUGUCUUUUUGGGUCCUUUAGUCCAACAUAAAAUGUGAUUUUGAAUCAUUUUUUUUCUUAUCUUAAAAUUGCACAAAACUCCUUCUUGCAAAGUGGUAAUUUUUUAUUUGCUUCAAACCUUUUGUAUUCAUAUUUAUACUGUUCUACAUGCAUUUGAGCAUGAAAUAUGUUAAGUUACUGCACUGUAAACAUAUUUAAAAUUGCAGUUUCAUCAUAUCUGGUGAAGUGCACAGUCCUAUAUGUGGCCCUGUGGUAGUGUCCAUGAAAAAUUGCAGCCCCCUCCAGCAUUUAAGUUGCCCAUCCCUGAUGUAGAGGAAUUGAAGUAUAAAGUAGCAGAAUAAACGCAAAGUGCUCCAGUAAAAUACUUCUACAUGUUAUGUUUCACCACUGAUUCCAACUGCCACAUGUUAUAAAACGGUCAUGAGGGGGAGCAGAGUCUAAUGUCCUUUCUGUUUCUCUCUCGUGCACGCGCACGCACGCUCACGCCUCAGCAGACCGACAGACAGACACGCCGGUGAGAGCGACAGACAGACAGACAGACAGACAGACAGGCUCAGCCAAGUCAUGGAGGCGAUAUGGCUCUAUCAGUUCCGGCUGAUCGUCAUCGGGGACUCCACGGUGGGGAAGUCGUGUCUGAUCCGGCGGUUCACGGAGGGCCGCUUCGCCCAGGUGUCGGACCCCACGGUCGGCGUGGACUUCUUCUCCCGGCUGGUGGAGAUCGAGCCGGGCAAGAGGAUCAAACUGCAGAUCUGGGACACCGCGGGUCAGGAGCGCUUCAGGUCCAUCACCAGGGCUUAUUACCGCAACUCUGUGGGCGGGCUCCUCCUCUUCGACAUCACCAACCGCCGCUCCUUCCAGAACGUCCACGAUUGGCUGGAGGAGGCUCGCAGCCACGUCCAGCCCCACAGCAUCGUCUUCCUAUUGGUGGGCCACAAGUGUGACUUGGAGGCACAGCGCCAGGUGACCCGCCAGGAAGCAGAGAAGCUGGCAGGAGCGUACGGGAUGCGCUACGUGGAGACGUCGGCCCGUGACGCCAUCAACGUGGAGCACGCCUUCACCGAGCUGACCAGAGACAUCUUCGCCCUGGUGCGGUCUGGCGAGAUCACAAUCCAGGAGGGCUGGGAGGGCGUGAAGAGCGGGUUUGUCCCCAAUGUGGUUCACUCCUCGGAGGAAGUGACCAAGAGUGACCGUCGCUGUCUGUGUUGAUCUGGCAAGAGCCUUGGGACUGAAGGUGAACAGGGGAGGGAUCCGGGAAGGAUUCAGAGGCAGACGGACUGAGGUGUCAGCCCUCUGACUGAAACUGUUGGUUACCCUCUUUUUCUUUGUUCGGACUGGAUACAGAAGGGCGACGUUGGAGGAGUUUUAAUGAAGAUACGAGGCAAAGGGAGAACACCUUGAACUGGGUGGCAUAAGUGAAAGGUUGUGCCCAUUUCCGUUUUUAUUUCUCGGAGAGGAAGGAUCCCAGAUGCUCAUUUACUUGCGAGGGCUCCCAUGAUUCCAUUCCUUUAGUUUUGGUUUGGGCUUUUUGCUUGAAAAACCCCCCUCCCUGAACAUCCUCGACAGGCCUUAGAAAGAGGAUUAAUUUUGGUUCUUCGCCAAAAUACGAUGAAACUCAAGACAAGUUGUUCUUCCUCCCAUCAUCUCUUCCCCACUCCCAUUACUUCUUAAUCUUCUCCUCUCCUCCAAUAUGCAAUUACAUGAUCACAUAUGAAACGAUCACUUUUACGUUGGUGUCCAACAUCCUCCAAGCACAUAUCAUUCCAAAAAAAAAUCAACUGCUGCACCCUUAGAUUUAACCUCCUGCUUUAACAAGAGUCGUGUUUCUCUUGUGCUGAUAUUUUGCUUCACAUUCCACUAUUGGAGGUCAAUGGAGGAGUCCUGGAUGUCCUAAGUUUAAUGAGGGAAGACUAAUUUCCUUCCUGGAGCCGGGAUUUUGUUGCUAGAGACCACAUUAUAUCUCUUUGAAUUUAGGCCUCCAGUGAGCUCAAUGACAUUGACGACAUGGUUAUAUCCACUAUCAUUCUGCUAAAUACCGCACUAUAACAAACCAUCAUCACCCAUCCAGUUCCUAAUGGACUCCUGAAGCAGGAAGAGAACACGUGUACAGCUUAACUGACCGAGGUGGACUUGUCGGACUAGCUCAACACCGCCUCACUGUCUGCCUUUAACUGGGGACUUGUUAAGGUGGACUAGUAGGAGUGUUGGAGCCACAAAGCACCUUAACAGCCAAGUCCACCUCAACGGUGGAGCCUCAUUUGGGACUUCUGAAAGUUGCAGAUAAAACACAGUGGAGAUUUCUUGAAAAGCAAAGCAAAGACAGAGGGACCAGACCACGGACUCCACAAAACAAUCACAUCAUUCACAAUGCACGACAAUAUAAUCAUGCAAAGAAAGUCCAAUUGGCAGGCAUUAAAUCAACCCAACACAGAUACAGUCACAGGGAAACUAAAGGUAACAUGUUGUCCGGAGAAAGUAAAAUAUGUUAAUAUGCCUUUUUUAUGUGUGUGCGCAAGUUUAAUAUCUCAUCAAGCAUUUAUUUUCCUUUUGAUACACUCCAGUGCUACAUAUUGAUGUACCUGGCAUAGUUCCUACCACUUGCACUUAGAAACUACAUGUGUUUUGUGUGGAUGAUGUAGCUUUCUGAGACUAAAAACUGUAAAACAUGCAUUCAAACAACAUUCACCAUCAUGAAGGUAGGGCUUACUGUAUUAAACUGCAUCUGGAUUUUAUCUUGAUGCAAGACACAUGAAGUUGCAAGUGUAAGUGGGGCAAAACAUUAGACAAGAAACAUGCUUCUAAAGGUUUAAAUUGUAGUAUUAGCUCUUUGAGGCUCAGAGUGGAUUUCAGGCUUUUAUUUUACUGUUACAUUAACAUUCUCAGAUAUCAGGCCAGCUACUAACGUUUCUUUAAAUGGCAAGAAAAAUCGGAGAUCGUCAAAUUAAAAAUGUUUUGUGUUUUCAAGGAACAUAAAAAGUCACGAGUGUUGGUGGCGAUUUGUCUGUUUGACUGAUUUCACCAGUUAUCAACUAGUAGGUGCUUAUGAGAUUAGCAUUGGACCAAAUAUAUUAUGUUUUGGGGAGCCACAUUAACUGAAAUAUUAGGCUGUAAGUCAAUAAAUUGUCAUUUAAAAACUGACAAGGGGAGACUUUUACCAUUGUUAGCAAUUAAAUGUACCUUAUCGACCUAAAGCACCUGGACUUUCUAUACAUACACAUUUUUUUCUUUUUGCAGAAUCCUUAUUUAAUUUAUCUUUUUAUAGUAGGAUUAUUGUUUUAUAAGGCCUAAAUGAAUGCCAGUGUUUAUCCUUGUUAUUAUUUCUGCUAUAUAUAGUAAAUUAAUUUAUCCAUUGCCCUUCCCCCUGCAAUUCAUCAGUACAGUGAGGAAACUGUAAGUGCUUCAUUUUCUCACAUAUGCCUUCUUUUUACAUGCCUCCAAAGAGCUCUGCUUCCGUUAUCUAAUUUUGACAUGAAUGUAUCAACAGAAUAGGUGAGAUUUUUUACACCGACUUGUCAUAUAAGAAAUGUGUGAAUGAGUCAAAGCAACACCCCCCAUUUCUUACAGAAGCUUGGAUAAAAAAGGUGAUUUAAAUGAUUGCAAAUUAUUCAAAUUAUAGUCCACUCCCUCUGAUUUACAUUGAAAUCGAAGGUUUCAGAAUGUUUUCCUUUCUCUGCCUGCUGUAAGUGCUUUCUACGGAAACACUUUUAAAUGUUCCCAAGUGAACGUCGUUGACAGUUCAGAAGUGUUAAGGUCUGUGUGGGCGGGUGUGGAUGUGAUCUCUUGUGUCGGUGCAGCUCCUUCUUGUGGAACCGCCAAGACUCUUUCACCAGAUGUCAGCCAGCUGGUAGAUCUGCUCUGCUGUACAGCACCCAGUUGGGUAUCUCUAAGCUCUUUUAAGCUUGCUUCCAUUUCACUCUAAAAUAUUGUCUUAGUCAUUAUGGGAAAUUUUCGUAUUUGCUUUCUUGGUGAGAGUAGACAAGAAGAUGAAUUAAGACCGUAAAUAAGGGCUCUGUCCCAAAAAAUUGAAAUCCCCCUACUGGUUUCUCUAAAGCUCACAAAUUACCAUGUUAAAUCUUGUUUAUUCUGCACAAUAAGUUUGGCUUUGAUAGAGUUAUUUGCUGGUGUAUGGGUGCGUUCCAAUACCCAUACAACCAUACUGCUUAGUACAGCAGUAAAAAAAAAUUAGUAUCCCCAAUACACUGCGGCUGUGUCCAAAAAACCAAGCCAAAGUGCUUUUUAGCCAACAAGAUCUCCAACCUUUAUGACAGAACAGGCUGUUUGUCAAUACAGAACAGCACAUUCUAAAAAUAGUGCACACGUCAUUAUACUAAAAAAGGUUGCCAUUUUGUUUAAUUUAGGCAGCAAAACCACUGAUCUACGUUUAGGGAAAAGAGCUUCCUGUUAAGGCAUUUUAAAAGAUAUUUUAAAAAGUAAAGAAAAUGGCCCAAAAGUGAAGUAGUUACGAGGACCAUGCGACUACUACAUAAACGCAAGGUUCGCUGUUGUAAAAAAAAAAAAAAAAAAAAAAAAGGCAGCAGUUUCAUUAAAUUUAGGCUACAAAACCACUGAUUUAGAUUUAGGUUAAAAAAAUCCUGGUAAGGCAUUAAAAGACUUUUAAGAAGACGUUUAAGAAGUAAAUAAAUGUACCUAAAUGCCGGAAGUGAAGUAGUUACCACAAUGACAUGACUACCAGAGACCAGUCUGUUUCGCAAAUUGCAUAUUAUUUCCAGUGAAAUAAUACAGAAUACAAACACUGGACACGACAGCAGCGUCAAUAUACCACAAUACACUGCAGUGGUGACAAUUACGUUCAUGAACAGACAAUAGCGGCCAAGGGAUAAUUUAUGAAUUUUGUGUUAGAUUUGUUUUCUUUUCGUUGUGUUUUUAAGUUUUAUUUUGACAGUUUGAAAUAAGGAUUUAAAAAAACAAAUUUUUUAAAGAAGGUAGCUCUAGUGUUUGGCAUUUUCUAACCGCUCAAGUACUCCAACAACGUGAAAAUGUAGCUUGAUGGUUAUGCAUCUUAGCUUGCUAGUGUCGCUACAAACUCACUCACCGUAAAACUCUGUAACCUCCUGUAAAA